AUUCUUGACGCACUGAUCGUCUUUGGAACGGCACGCCUCGUCGUGACGCCUCGUCCGUCGCGCGCACAGCAUUCUCUUCCAUCCCUCUGCAGGCGAUACACUCUCGUCAUUGUCUUACUUUUCUGCUUUCUCUUUAUAACGAACUACAACAACAACAAAUCUCACCGACACGCGCCCCACGACGACAGACAGUCUCAAUUGCCACCCAGCCCCAGUGGCCACUGCACCCACCCCCAUCGAUCCCGAACGCGCUCCCCUCCACCGCCCCGCAUCACACCCGCCCACCCGCGUUUCGACCCUUACGCCGCACCGCGUUUCACCUGUGCCAAGGAGACAGCCAGCGACCAGGUCGAAGCCAUCACGCACGUUACCGUUUCUUUUUCUUUCUCUCCUUUCACUAGUUCACUCCAUCGUCUCGCAACACUCUCACGCGCAAGAUGGAUAACAGACCACCCAUCUCGCACCCGUACCCCGUCUCGGCGGCGCAGUCUGGCGCGCCGCCGCGCCCAACGCACUCGCCUUCCGUCGGAUAUGAUGACGACCAGCUGGGCGGCGAGCACCGCGGCGCGCGCAACGACUAUGGCAACCCCAACUUUGUCCCCACGCCGCCGAGCCCCGAGGCCGGCGCCAACAAGCUCUCACCCCUCGCCGGAACCGAAGGAUACCCCGACUGGUGGACCAUGGAGGACGAGGAGGCCGAGCGCCAGUACCUCCAGCAGGGCAUGUUCAACUGGAAGGAACUGCGGUCGUGGCGCUUCUGGUUCAGGAAGGAGUGGUGGUACUGGUACCUCGCGUUCAUCGUGAUCUCCGUCCUUGUCAUCCUCAUGGUGCUCUACCAUGACCAGAUUGUCCACUGGCUCAUGCCUGCUGCCAACUGGAUGAAGAACCUGCCCGGUGGCUGGGCUAUCCCGAUCGCUGUCCUGUUUAUUAUUUCCUUCCCGCCGCUGUUUGGCCAUGAGAUUGUCGCGGUCCUCUGUGGUGUCGUCUGGGGCCUUUGGAUCGGCUUUGGCAUCGUCUGUGCGGGCACCUUCAUCGGCGAGAUUGGCAACUACUACGCGUUCAAGUACUGCUGCCGCGCGCGUGCCGAGAAGAUCGAGAAGGGCAACAUGAACUAUGCGUGCUUGUCCUACGUCAUGCGCGAGGGCUCCAUCUGGCUCGUUAUCGCCGCGCGUCUCUCCGCCAUCCCAGGCCACUUCACCACGGCCGUCUUCGCGACGUGCGGCAUGAACAUCUGGGUUUUCUGUCUCGCCGCCUUUGUCACCCUCCCCAAGCAGCUCAUCACGGUCUACCUCGGUGUCAUCUUUGCCCAGAACCAGAAGAAGGGUACCAAGGAGAGGAUCAUCUCGUACACCGUGCUGUGUAUCGGUUUCCUCCUCACCAUCGGCUCCGCCUGGUGGAUCUACCACAAGAUGCACCAGGUCCGUGUCAUUGUCUGGCGCCAGCGCCGCGUGGCGAACAACACCAAGGGCAUCGCCAUGAACUCGCUCGGCCGCGAUACCGAGGCCCAGGACGAUGAGGACAUCCGCCCCAUCCUCCGCAGGCUCAGCCAGCGCCAGCACGGCCACCCCGAGACGCGCCUGUACGACGAGGGAGCGUACGACUCGCGCCAGAGCUACGUGAACCCCUAUGACAUUCAGUACGUUGCCGUGCGCACCGGGACUUAGGGGAGGAGUGGAGAAGCCGUUCUAUAGUCACUUGACGAAACAUAUCAUGUGGCAGACGGCUUGGCCAGGGACCGACGACAGCAGCAGAGGACGCGCCUAUUCCCGUUGGCAUUGCUGACACCAUACCCAGUUACAAACGCAACGACGACAUGUCAGUGUACCAUGUCGACGCCAUGAGCGAGCGCGUCCACAUGGAGCAGGACAUUGGCAACAGGAUUCACGAAUCGCUCGAGAACCAUCGCCCCCCUGCCCCGCCUACAUCCUACUCGACACGCAAGCAGGUGCCCAGUGCGUUCCCGGAAGCACGCCCGCACCAAGGAAGCAGUCUCAGACGCGACGUCUCGUCGGCGAGCGCGUACGGCGGCACCGAGCCGACGGUUGUGCCGAGCUCGUUCCCCGUACCUGCACCUGCGCCGUACAACCCCGAACAAGUAGCUGCGUACAAAGAGUAUACGCAGCAGCACGAGCAACGGCCGUGACGAGGCGUGUGAUGUGAUGUCCACGAACGCGAUGACGGCGACGAUAUGAUAGAUAAGCGUAUGACUAGGAUACAACAUGUACACUACGAUAUGUAUGCGUGAUGGUA